ACAUGUAAUGUCAAUGUCAUUGUGCUAAACUUAAAAAGUCAUUAUAUAACUUUAACAUUAAAGAUUAAGGAUAAUUUUUUUCCAAAUGAACACUUAUUUUCUCUAACGGAAAAGUGGGAGUUGUUAAAUAUGUCUUCAGUGUUAGAGGGAAGAUAAAGAUUUACGCAUACAGUAUAAUUCAGUAGUAGUAUUAUACUUGCGCUUUAUAUAAUUCAAACCAUUAAACGGUCACUUCAGCAUUCUACUUUUUUGCAACGAGCAGUAUUUAUCUAUUCCAAACAAUUGUGCUUCACAUAUUACAACUAUUCAAACUUUUUAUUAUCUCUAAGGCUUAAUUCUAUAAAAAUAGAAUAAAAUGUUUCCCAUCAAAAAUUUUGAAUCUCUUCUUCAAUUAAAUGUCAACAAAAAUUUCAAAAUAAAAGAUAUCGAUUGGAAAUAUCUUACAAAUCCUGGCGAAAAUUUUGGCAGUCUACUUUUUGCUGUCAAUGUUACUUUACAACAAAAUUCAGAAAUUCAAUUACUACAUGUUAUUGUUAAAUUACCACCACCAUCACCUUAUCUAAUAAAACUAUUCAACAGUCCUUUUACCUUCAAAAAAGAAAUUGAAUUUUACAAAAAUGUAACACCAACAUUAUUACAAUUUCAACGAGAAUGUGGUAUUAUUCAUCCUGAAGAUUCUUGGCCGGGUGCUAAAUACUAUGGCUCCAGAAUGGGAUUAACAAACAAUAAUAAUUUUGAUGAACAAGCAAGUAUUGUUUUAGAAAAUCUCAAUUACAGUGGCUAUCAAAUGAUUGACCGUUUAAUUGGUUUAAAUAGAAUACAAACAGAGUUUGCAAUUAAAAAACUCGCUGGACUACAUGCUGUUGUCAUAGCAUUGAAAAUAAAAAAACCUCAAAUAUUUCAUGAUAAUGUUAUGCCUGCACUCAAAAGUGCCAUUACUGAAACAGUUAUGCAAUGUAUUCAAGAUAUGAUUCAAAAAGGUCUUAAAGAUAUGGAAUCAAUUAAUGAAAUAAAACCUUAUAUAGAACUUGUUAAAAAGUCUAUAGAUAUGUCUGCAAAAAUUAUUGAAACAGAAAAACGCGAUGAAACUUGGUGUACUUUAGUACAUAAUGACUUUUGGAUCAAUAAUAUGAUGUUUAAAUUUAAUGAAAAUAAACAAAUUAUCGAUAUGAAAAUUGUUGAUUUCCAAUUGGGAGCAUAUGAUUAUGGUGUUAAAGAUUUAGUUUUCUUCUUAUUAACAAGCCCAGAAAAUGACAUUAUUCAAGAUAUAUUUGAUGAUAUGAUUCAUUUGUAUUAUCAAUAUUUUAUUGAUACACUUAAAACAUUAAACAUCAAUACCGAUAACUUUAAACGAGAUAAAUUGAUCGACUUAGUUGAAUAUUGUGCUCCAUUGAAACUUUCACAAUGUAUUAUGAUGGCACAAGUUGUUAAAUCUAAACCCGGUACUGCUCCCAAAAUGGAAGAUAUUCAUGAUAAAGAAAGUUUUCUUAAAAUGACAGGCGAUGAAGCAUAUUAUGACAAAUUACGUUUAAUAUUUAAUAUUUAUCAGAAAAAAAAUUGGUUUUUAGCUAAUCAAAAUUAACAAAAACCAAAACUUCAUUCAUUAUCAUUAUUUUAACAAUUGUAAUUAAUUAUAUUAUUAAUAAAUGUUUAUCAAUUUUAGUAAUAAUUCAAUUUACCUCAAGAAAAUCAGCAACAGCAUCGGGCAAAUUAAAUUCACGAACAACACGUAAUCGUAUUUGUCGAUUUAUUUCAUGUCGACAAGAGAGCGGUAAACUCAUGGCUCGUUGACAACUUGGUGAUUGUCGUAACUUUUGUUCACGUUUUAACAUAGCAGAAAUUGUCAUUGAAUCUGGAACUAAAAAUAUUUCAUUUUCAAUUUAUUCGUAAUAAUUCAUUAUUUUCAUUUCAAAAUUACUACUAUCAUUAUAGUUUUACCAGGUAGAGCUGCAGCAAGAAUAUCUACUCCAGCUGCACCCAAUGAUCGUGGUUUCUCAUCAACCAUAUAUAAAGUAUCAGGUAUAUCAGGAAUGUAAUGUGCUCUUCGUAAUCGUAAUAAUUCCGUUUCUUGAUUCAUUUGCUCUUCGACUAGACUCUAGAUACAUUAAAAAUUUAUCAUAUACAUAAAUUUCAUUAUAAUACAUCAAUAAUAUAUAUAUAUAUAAAAAAAAUUGAUAUUCAUUAUUAUAAAACCUUUAUUUCCUCAUAAUACGGCAUAAAUAAACGAGGCCUAACAAAUAAUCCAUUCCUCUUUCCACCUCUUAUCCAUGCAUUUAUACGUAAAUUUUCACGUUCAUCACCAAUCAUAUGACUUGGAGGGGUCGAUACUAAACCUCUUCUUAUAGCCUAAUAACGAAAAAAUUACUAAAUAUAUUUUUAUCAAUACUUUUUUAUUACUCAUUUUUUUUUAAAUUCUUAUUUUUUCAAUAAUAUACCUGUGUUAAAUUUUCAUUAUUUGAUGGUAACACAUGAUCCAUUCUCACAAGAGGUAAAAGCUCACUUAAUAUCUCACGAAGUUCAAUAUCACUAAGAUCUCUCUUUUUAACACCUUUACGAGCAACUGAAUGUACCGUAUGACUUAAAAGGUUUGGUUCACGAUCUUCCAUUCGUCGUAUUAAUUCUUGUUCACCCCAUUUCAACACAGCUUGUAAAACUUCAAGUUCACUUGCUUGAAGAAAAUGACUCUGAAGAGCUUGUAAUAAAUGCGUAUGAUCUAAUUGAUAUAAAACUGGUGAAGACGCUAACGAUUGGAAUUCUUCUCUCAAAAAAUGUAACGCUUGUCGAUGGACCCACGCUGAACCAUGUGGUUGACUCCCCCAUCUAUAAUGAAAAUUAGCAAUAAAAUAAAAAA